AUGAACUUCAAGUACCCUUCAUCCUGUCCACCAGUUCAUCGCAAAGUUCAUAUAUUGCUUUUGUUCUGUGACGCAGCCCGCAAGCUGAGGAAGAUCGGACAGAUGAAAGGUCCGGAGGGGGUCGGCCCUGUUCAGGGCCCAUCAGAGACACUCAGGUGCCUGUCGCCCAAGCCCAGCCUGACGUUCCACUCACAGUUGAUCUUCCUGAACAUCCUGGAGGCCAUCGAGCCCGAGGUGGUGAACGCCGGCCAUGAUCAUGCUCAGCCUGACUCGGCAGCUGCUCUCCUCACCAGCCUUAAUGAGUUGGGAGAGAGGCAACUUGUCAAGGUAGUGAAAUGGGCCAAAGGACUUCCAGGUUUCCGUAACCUGCAUGUGGAUGAUCAGAUGACAGUCAUACAACACACCUGGAUGGGAGUGAUGGUCUUUGCACUGGGUUGGAGGUCCUACAAGAACGCCAACGCGCGGAUGCUGUUCUUUGCGCCAGACCUGGUCUUCAACGAUCGUAGGAUGCAUAUCUCCAGCAUGUACGAGCACUGUGUUCAGAUGAAGCACCUCUCGCAGGAGUUUGUGCUGCUGCAGGUCACACAGGAAGAGUUCUUUUGCAUGAAGGCCCUCCUCCUUUUCAGCAUCAUUCCAGUGGAGGGGCUGAAGAGUCAGAAGUGUUUUGAUGAGCUGCGUCUGACAUACAUAAACGAGCUUGAUCGUUUAAUCAACUAUGGCAGGAAGACCAACUGCGCCAUGCGCUUCCAACAGCUGACCCGACUGAUGGACUCACUGCAACCAAUUGUUCAGAAGUUGCACCAGUUCACCUUUGACCUCUUUGUCCAAGCUCGGUCUCUGCCCACGAAGGUCAGCUUUCCCGAAAUGAUUGCAGAAAUCAUCUCGGUCCAGGUGCCAAAAAUCCUCGCCGGCCUGUCUAAACCAAUCCUGUUUCACAAAUGACAAGACUACACCCCUGAACUACUGAUCCAUACCAACCCUAUCCAGGCCAUAUGAGCCAGUCAGUUUGGCCUAAUCCAGUUUGGUCCAGUCUAAACCAGCCUGCAAUGCUUUUAAUCUGGACUCGAAUCGAGCGACGGGACUGAACGAUACUGAUUUUUUUUAUUUUCCUUUUUUAUUUAUUUUUUUAGAAUUUUUCCCCUUCUAUCCCUCCCUCCCUUUCUAUAUCAGUCUCAUCUCUCUCUCUCUCUCUCUCUCCUUUUGAAAAAUGGCCCUGAAAAGUAGUGGGACCAUUACAUCAUUACAGUUGUCUAUCUUCUCCUCAGAGACCAUUUGAGCUCAUUUUCUCAAACUGACAGCAUGGUGUGAAGCAGGUUUUGUUCUUUCUUUCAACCAGCAGUUAUCCUUCAAGAGUUACAACGUGGUGGACAGGUUGGAAAAAAUAUCACACUGAAUUUUCAUCUGAGCCCUUAAUCAAAAAAAAAAAAAAGGCACUGCACAGAUCUCUAUCAGAGUCUGUGACCUGGCUCUAAUCUCUAUGCAUCGCAGGAUAAAAAGGUUAAAAAGAGAUCAGGACAAAGCAAAGCAGCAUGCAUAGAGAGAUACAUCAGAACAUGACAAAAAAUCAUGACAGUCUCUUCAGUUGUGACUUUUACACUUUUUAUUUAGAACAACACACUACUAAAUACAGUAUGGAUUUCAGUACAGCAGGCUGGCUAUCAGUCUCCUCCCUGCUUUAUUAGUUUAUUGAUUGUAAAACAAGUGCUUCAUUCAUUUCUUAUGAAAUGUAGAGGCUCUUUGAAAAAGCUUUUUAAAAGGCAUCAUUCAUUUGGGAUCAGACAAUUUGUGACUUUAAUUUGAAAAUUGUUCACAGUUGGGUUUUGCUACUAAGACCGAAACAACAGCACAAUUAAAAAAAAAAUCUCACAGUCAUCAAGACUUGCCUCCUCCAGACAGCAGACUUUUGUUAAGACGGGGCUCAGUGCCCUUUUUUGCAACCUGGAUAUUUAAGUGCAGGUUUUAGGGGAUAUUGUUGACAGUUUGUACAUAGAACAUAAAUACAGCCACGCUUGGGUAAGCAUAGGUGAUCUUCAAAUAUAUACACAUAUAUAUAUAAAUCUAUGCAUGCUGUCUUCAUAUCCAUCAACAAAACAACAAACAAAUAAUUGCAUGUUAAAGCCCUAGAUAUUCAAACAAACCAAACUGCAUUUCCAGUAAGCUAAAUGGAUAUUGUUAGGAAACGUUACUGUUUUCCAUAAGGCUCUUCUGAAAGUUACUCUCUCUCUCUCUUUCACUGUCCUUAAUGGAAGAUUUGGCAAGGUAAUAUUCUUGUAUAUACAGUAUAUGUAAAAGUUAAGCGUGGUUCUUUUCAACCUUUCUAUGUGCUAAUGUAUGGAUGUAGUCAAUAGUUUUACAGUAGUUUCCUUUCUUUCCUUUAUAGCAAGUGCCACUGAGGGAUUUGUAUUUCUCCCCGCUAGCAAUAAAUAAUCACAUGCUUAACACACUCUUUUAACAAGCUCUUUUAGAAUACCAAAACAUGCUUCAAAUGGUGCACAGCUUUGAAAAAAAGAAAAGAAAAGAGCUUUGCGCUGACAUGGGACAGUACUGUUAUUUUUUUCAGAAACUCGUACCAAAUAUCUUAAUCACCAUCAGCUGUCUCAAAUCAACUACAAGUGGUGCUUAAGCUGUCCCCUUUAACACCCUCAAGGGUGUUAACAGGAUAGUUCACCCAAAAAUGAAAGUUUUCAUUUACUCACCCUCAAGUUGUUCCAAACCUGUAUGAGUUCUUUCUUCUGAAAGGAACAUGAUUUGAAGAAUGUUAGUAACUGGACAGUUUCUGGUAGCCACUGACUUGCAUAGAUGGUAAAAAAUGCUAUGAUAGUCAAUGGCUGCCACCAGCUGUUUGGUGACCAGCAUUUUAUUUAUUUAUUUAUUUAUUAUUAUUAUUGAAAAUAUCUUAUUCAAUGUUUGGUAGAAAAAAGAAAAAAAAAAAACGUACAGGUUUGGAACAACUUGAGGGAUCAUUUUCGGGUGAGCUAUGGCUUUAAACGAGACAAAAGACAAAAAAAAAAAAGAGGCAUGUGUAUUUUUUACUCCGUUUUUGCUUCAAUUAAAUCAUCCUCUAUUUAUCUGUCAGAAAGGAACCUCUUUACUCGCUUUCCUCAUACCCCGGUGCAGCGCGUAUUAUCUAGACAUCGUGUCAACUUUUUCCCUCCGCACGCUCUCCGUUUCUAAAUGAUUGAAUAAUGCCUGCAGCGUUAUGUAUGUAGAUUACUCUUUAAAGAGCCCCAAAAUCGCGGCGCUGUGUUGUCUUUGUCAGGCCUGGGGUGACCUGGGGUGUACUUUCGGCAGAGCACGGAGUUAAAACGACGAGAUGUGGUUUAGCUGCUCGAGCUCUUGUCGCCGCGGAGCAUGUUGACGGGUUGAAUGUGCCAGGCAGAGAAUAUGGGUGUCACAGACGGCUCCUCUGCGCUGACAGCACCGAGCACUGCGCAAUUACACGCAGGUGUUUACCCAUUUAGACGGCCCAAAAGCACUCAUUAGAAUUUGCAGAACUCCAAACUGCACUUUUACCAUGCCAGAAAAGAGCUCGCGACUUUCACCACGAACACGCAACGCUGUAGGACGGAGCCGAAGCCAAAGUCUGAUCACAAAGUCGUUCAUUAGCCGGCGGACUUUCGGAGGCGGCACUCGCAUGCAAACACCGACUCUCGGGAGACGCACUCUCUUGCUGUCUUAUUAUUGUCUGUUUACAAUAGAAAGCUUGUAAUAUGUCAGUUAGCGACACUCUUUGUAACACCUCGCGCUGCGCUCGUGACAAUACUCGUGCUUGGAUGAUCCAUAAGCUGAUUUGGGACUUUUCUUAACACAUCCCUUAUGAGCUAUGAUGUAAAACUUUGCGUGUUGAUUUUCAAAUAAAGUCUUAGGAUUUACUGUGUGCGGUGUGAUCAACCAAUAGCAAAAUGUGUAUGUUUAUAUGCGCUCUUUUAAAUCUGUUAGCAGGCUCUGCUUCGCCGCCCUUAUAGGUGUUAAAAAGGGGAAGAAAGCAGUAAGGACAUUUUUUGGUGUCUUUUGCAAAAUAAUGAAUUUGGCCUGUGUUGAUUACAAAAUGUUUUUUGUUUCUGCUCUCACAUGAACAAGAGAACCUAGAGUCUUAACAGUCUGCAUGUCACCAGGAUGCUUCCUGUGGUUAUAAAUUGGAGUUCAUUUCUCACUGAUAUAGUUUCCCCAUCUAUUUGUGUCCUGUUUCAGCUUUGUAAACCAUAUAAAAACUCCCACAUUUGUAACAAUGACUUGGUUCUUUAACUCUCUUUGCUGCUGAUAUGAGCAAUUACACGACUAAUCAUUAGCAAAUGCUUUUUUACAGCUUUUUUCUCUGGUGUGAAUAAUUCCUGUCUAUACAGAAGGAAGAGCUAGAUAGUUUGGCUUUGUAUGACUAGAAGAGGAAAUUCUGGCUUCUUAAACAAUGUUUGUUACUUAAAUCUUUGUAACUUUAUAGUCUUUUUUUACAGCAGUUGAAUAUGUGAGAGUGGGUGUGUGUCUGUGCAUGCAUGCUUUUCGCAGAUUAUUUAGUAGGCCUACUGUAAUGUUGUAUUGGCAGUUGUUAACUAGUGAUUUUUUUUUCGAGCAGUUUGCGAACUGCUUUCUACUCGUGUGGAAAAUGCUUAUCUGAUUGCUGUUGUGUAGAGCCUGUGUAAAUCGGGGUUGUUUGUGUUUUACCGCUUUCAAUUCAAUAAAAAAAAUAUUUGAAAAUCUUGAAA